UAAAAAUGUUGCUGAAGUGAACAUGGUGCAAUAUCAAUGACAAAUUAAAAAUAAAUUGUUUAGCUAACAUAAAUAGAAAACAGGACUAAACUAGUGAUAUAUUAAAUUAGUAAUAUUCCGUAACAAGUACAUUAGUAAAAUCAAUAAAAUAUGGAUGAAUACACAAGAGAACCGUGCCCAUGGCGUAUUCUCGACGAUUCAGGUGGUGCUUUCAUCAUGGGAGCCAUCGGCGGUGGAAUAUUUCACUCGAUAAAAGGUUUCAGAAAUGCACCAGUUGGAUUCAAUAGGAAAAUGCUUGGGAGUUUAGCAGCUAUAAAAGAACGAUCACCAGUUGUGGCGGGAAAUUUUGCUGUCUGGGGUGGCAUGUUUUCCACCAUUGACUGUUCACUAGUGUACCUGAGACAAAAAGAGGAUCCAUGGAACUCAAUAAUGAGUGGCGCACUCACUGGGGGCAUCUUGGCUGCCCGAAAUGGUGUGCCAGCAAUGGCUGGGAGUGCACUCGUAGGUGGUAUACUCCUGGCUCUCAUUGAAGGGAUCGGCAUCAUGUUCACAAGGCUCACAGCUGAGCAAUUCCACCCACAGCAACCAAUAUUCGAAGACCCUUCAGUGUUAGGGCAGAAUCAAGGCCAAAACCCAACUUUCCAAUAGUAUAAGUGAGGCAGUAAUGUUGUAUUGUACAGUUUUAAAUUAACUUGUAACUAUUUGAGAAGGUACUAAAUUUAUAAUACACUAGCUGUGCCUGCUGUUUCAGCCGCAUUAAAUAUCAAUAUAAAAUGUAGCCUAUGUGUUAUUCUGAUGCAUAAGCUAUAAUACUGUAAAGUUUCAUCAAAAUCCGUUGCAUAGUUUUUGUGUGGAAGAGUCAUAACAAUCAUCCAUACUUACAAACUUUCGGAUUUAUAAUAUUAAUAAGAGAAUAAAUAUAUAUUGUGUAAAUAAUACAUUAGGCUUUAUGUCCUAUAAUUUAACAUUAAUAUGCUUUGCUAAGCUAUAUUUACAUAAAUUAUUAAACUUAAUGUAACAGAAAUUAGAUAAAUGUCCUUUGUGUAGUUAAU